ACAAUUGCCUGGAAAAUAUGUUUUACACAUAACAUCAUGCAAUUAAAAAAAAAAAAAAAGCCCACUUAUUAGUCUUAUUAGCAUUAUAAAAACCCACUCCCACCGUCCCACGCAAUCCAUUAAGCAAACAAAUUACCGACCAACAUUUCCCAUCCGACUGUUCGGACAGAACAAAAAAGUCAAUAAGACUAUGCUGUUCCUCGAACUCCUAGCCACUUUUUUCCUUCUCCUUCUUCCCUUACUUUCCAUCCUCUUCCUCACCAGAGCUUCAACACCCAAAAAGCAAUCAUCUCCACCACCCUCCGCCACCGUCAGCCCCCCAAGAUCCUACCCUAUAAUCGGUUCGUUCCUGGCCGUGCUUGCUAACCGAGACAGCCAGACCAAAUGGAUUUCAGACAUCCUCCAAGUCUCACCCUCCGCCACCUACGUCCUCCACCGCAGCGUCGGCACCCGCCAGGUGUUAACCGCCAACCCAGCCAUCGUCCAGCACAUCCUCAAGACCAACUUCCACAACUACGGCAAGGGAGACUUUUUCAACGGAAUCUUCAAAGACUUCCUCGGCCACGGGAUUUUCAACGUGGACGGCGAAUCCUGGAAAUUCCAAAGACAAGUCGCCAGCCACGAAUUCAACACCAAGUCUCUCCGCAAAUUCGUCGAGACCGUCGUGGACACCGAGAUCUCCGACCGCCUCAUCCCCAUCCUCUCAUCAGCUGCCGCAACCGGAUCUGUCCUAGACUUCCAGGACAUUCUUCAAAGGUUUGCCUUCGAUAAUAUAUGCAAAAUCGCUUUCGGAUUCGACCCCGCCUACCUGUUGCCUUCUCUUCCACAAACCAAGUUCGCUCAAGCUUUUGAGGAAAGCGUCACGAUCAGCAGCGAGAGGUUCAGUGCGUUAAUCCCACUCGUUUGGAAAAUCAAGAAGCUUUUGAAUAUUGGGUCCGAGAAGCGACUGAGAAUCGCAGUCUCAGAAGUUAAAGAAUUUUCCAGGAAAAUAAUUAGAGAAAAGAAGCACGAGCUCAGAGAGAAGGCCUCGCUCGAUUCGGUCGACCUUUUGUCACGGUUCUUGAGCUCCGGCCACUCGGAUGAGAAAUUCGUGACCGACAUAGUAAUAAGCUUCAUACUUGCUGGGCGUGACACUACCUCCUCGGCAUUGACAUGGUAUCUUUGGCUACUCUCCAAGAAUCCGCAUGUCGAAUCCGAGGUUCUCAAGGAAAUCAAAGAGAAAUCCGAAGCGCCUGUCUUUGAGGAAGUCAAAGACAUGAUGUACACUCACGCUUCUCUGUGUGAAAGCAUGCGGUUGUACCCGCCUCUCGCGGCGGACACGAAGGAGGCCGUGAACGAUGACGUUCUGCCAGACGGGACGGUGGUGAAGAAGGGGAUGAGAGUGACGUACAUGCCGUACGCGAUGGGGAGAUUGGAGACGCUGUGGGGGUCUGACUGGGCGGAGUUCGUGGGGAGGGACGCGUACACGUAUCCGGUGUUCCAGGCGGGGCCGAGGAUUUGCUUGGGGAAGGAGAUGGCGUUCUUGCAGAUGAAGAGGGUGCUCGCGGGGGUUCUCAGGCGGUUCAAGGUGGUGCUAUAUAUAUAUAUAUAUAUAUUUCUUGAAAGUUAAAAAAUGGGUUUUAUCUUUUAUUUAUAUAAUUUUAUUUUGCUUCUAAUUCCUGGGUAUUUAAUUUGCUAAACUUGGGGAUUCCUUUUCUGUUGCUGUUGUUUAUGAAUUAAUUAUGAUACUCGAUCUGCUUCUGCUUGGGUAAGUGACAGUAAACAAUGUUAUAAAUAAAACGUGGCUAGCUCUUGCUGCUUGUCAACUUGUGCCACGUUUUAUUAUAACAUUGUUUACUGUUAACGUGGCCUCUCCAUAACGCGGAAAGGAGAAAGAGAAAAGAAGGGCAUUCUCUCCCUUUCACCUCACUGAGAAAGAAACGAAAGCAACCAUAGGAUUUCGGACUUGAAAGUUGAAACCAAAGUUGUGUUGUGCACCUAGAGAUGGAAUCAAGUCAUCGAUCGACUAUCAAGAACCGAAUAAAUUCUUAGUCAAAUUCGAAAGUAUAGUCAAUAGUCAUAAAGAAAAUAAACACACAAAAUUUGAGAUGUUA